AUGGCUAUGUCCACCUCUCCAUCAAAGGCCCAAGCUUCAGCAUCGGCAUCUAUCAUGUUAGGAUAUCAGAAUCGGUCUUCGUCGCGAGCGCAAGAAGUGACAGCGGUAUACAAGAACAUGACGCUUACCUCACCGACGGUGUACAUCGACUUCCAGACUGCUUACGCCACCGACGAUUGUGGCAAUGCUGUCGGCAAGGCGUAUCCUGGUGCUGUCGUAGGAGUUGAUCCGCAAUCACUAUAUAGCAUGCUAGGGGACUGGGACUUUGCUGUUCAGACUGUCGACAACGGUGCGAGGACCACAACUUUCUACCCGUCCGCAAAAUUCGACUUCCAUGAUCUGAACGGAUUACCGCCAGUUUCGGCAUACAUAGAGCAGCCAAGUUGCAUCGCUUAUGGCUGUUACUCUAUCUGGUCAAGUCUCUAUCGACCGGUUCUUGUCCUACCUAGUCAAGUGCGGAAUCUGGACCCAGCAUGGAAGAGCUGCGGACUUGACUGGCAUGGUGCUUGGGAUCCUCCUAUUGCUUUGCAGCCAGCUCAAGCGAUUGAUCCCGUCACCACACCACAUGCCCCGUCCUACACCGUGCCUGCUUCGCCACAAUCAACAAUUAGGGCGCCUGCAAGCCAAACUCCCACAGCGAUACCGGCGGAUCCCAGAGCGAGUAUAAGCCAAGGCGGCGGUGCAUUGCACACCCCAGCAUCGACAGACCCUCUGGAGUCGGAGAAGCCUGUGCAAAGCUCGACAAGUAACAAGGCAUGGCCAUCCUCUGCCGACCCGUCCUUGGUCGGCAUAUCUUUGAUCUCGACGCAGACUAGCCCAGAGAUUCCAACAAGCUUUUCUUACCGACCCGUUCAGACAGCUGAUGACCCAGCCAGCCGAUCGGGGGUUGUGCUGGCGAGUCCGAGCAUCGUACCAGCCCUCUCCUCAAGCUCGACAUUAGUCCAUUUCCCUUCAGCAACAAACGCAUAUGAGGUUCUGACUGCAGCUCAAGGUACUGCGAUUAGCAGCAUAGCAGCAAGUAGAGACGAUCCUGGAAGUUCCGGAAGCAUUGCCCCCCCCGCUACCUCUUCUCAAGGUGUCUUGUCCGUCUCGCUCCUAGCUACCUCUUCGGCCUCAACGAUAGGAGGUGGGCAAACAUUGAGCGCCGUACCUGUCGUAGCACCAGAUGGCGGGACAUCUCGCCUUCUCUCCUUUGCUGGCACCACAGUCAGUGAGGGCGGCCCAGCUCUAAGCACGGCCGGCCACAGCUACAGCGCUGUGUCCGGAGAAAUCAUUGAGGACGGCAGUACUGUUGAACUUGCCACGAAGACGUUGAGCAAGACUUCUACACCACAAGCAGCAAUCACGAUUGGGACUUCGACCGCCGUUGUCCACUCUGUCCCUGGAGGCGGUGUUCUACUUGGUACGCAGACGCUACUAUCAGGGUCUGGCGUCUUGAUUGAUGGUCAUACCUUGAGUGCAGGCAGCAACGGUAUCGUCCAGGAUGGCACGACGAUACCGUUCUCGAUACCAUCUUCCACAUUGUCGACACAAGCACCUGAAGCCAUCCUCACACUUAGCUCAGCAUUCGCAACGGCCUCUGAGAUUCCGGGAUCCUAUAUCGCUUGGGCGAUUGGAAUUCAGACGUUGAGUGUAGGCGAGCCGGGCAUCACCAUGGGUGGUCACAGCGUCAGCGCGGCACCCUCUGGAGUCCUCCUCGAGGAUGGAACUGUAGCAGAGGUCGCGUCCAGUUCAUCGUCGUCAGUUGUGCAGAGUCCUAGCUCACCGAGUGGUUUCCUGCCUGUGAUUACAACGGCUAGUGGUGCAACACCCACUGAGCAAGGCAGUGCUACGUCGUCCACGGCAGCGACGGGCAGUGGCAUAGUUUCAUCGUCCGGAUCUGCGAUCAGGAACAGCUGUCUCCGCAUCCUGCUGCUCACACCUGUACUACUAAUGCUAGGCUGUCUGUUCGGCGUGUGGACGUAA